GUGUACAAUGUUUCAUCAGUGGAAACGUACCAAGGCAAUUGUACAUCAUACGAUGCUCAUGUAUUACGAGCAAAUAUCUGUCAAUUAAUGUAUAGCGUAAUUCAUUCCAAUGGAAUGCCUAAUAACACCAAUGCGUAAAAGUGAGACGACGGCAUAAUAUCAUACAAUGAAAUGUCAUUCGUAACAAAAACACACAGUCAGACAAAAUAGAAAACACACGAGCCUUCACACAGUUUUCCGAGAAGAAAAAAAGUUACUUUCAUUAGUUGGAUCGCAACAAGCGAGCCAAAAAAAGUGUUUUCUGUUUGAAUAUUUGCACUAAAUUGGUGUUUCAUCGAAAAAAAUUCGACGUGUGGCGACGAAAAAACCAGAAAAAAUUCCAUUUGUCGUGCCCAAGUGUUCAUAAAAUGAUGAGUUAAUUUGAAUUGCGUGUUGUUGUCGAGUAUAAUAAUAAAUUCAGAAAAAAAAACUUGAAAUAUCUCAGACGUAAUUGACAAAAGUUCGUUGUUUGACGGCCCGAAAAUCGAUUUAGUGUAUGGUGAUGUGAUUGGAUGUAUAUUUUUGUUAUUUAAAUGGUCACUUUGGGUUGCUGUGGGUGUUUACAACAUAUGUGAAUUUGAAUGUCCUUCACCGGAAAACCGUGAUCUAGGCUCAGGUGUGCGUCGAGUCUAAAUAGCAACAACAACAACAACAGCAAAAGUCCAUUUUGAAUCGUUUUUGUCUGUUGCGACGCACGAAUCGAAAAUGUUUCGCAGCCGUAGCUGGUUCGGUUGGAAUAAACCAAAGAAUCGUCUGUCAUUGGAUCAUCUCAAGUAUUUGUAUGCAGUGCUUGAACGUAAUACCACCGUGUCGGAGCACAAUCGUGGCCUGUUGGUGGAAUCAUUGCGAUGCAUUGCGGAGAUUUUAAUUUGGGGCGAUCAAAAUGAUUCGUCGGUUUUUGAUUUUUUCCUGGAGAAAAAUAUGCUCUCAUAUUUUUUACAUAUUAUGAGACAAAAAUCCGGCGGUUCCAGCUUUGUUUGCGUACAACUCCUACAAACGUUAAAUAUUUUAUUCGAAAAUAUUCGCAAUGAAACGUCAUUGUAUUACUUACUUAGUAAUAACCAUGUCAAUUCGAUUAUCGUCCAUAAAUUUGACUUCUCCGAUGAGGAUGUCAUGGGCUAUUACAUUCUGUUCCUGAAAACACUAAGCCUCAAACUCAACGUUCAUACCAUUCAUUUCUUUUAUAAUGAACACACCAACGAUUUUCCACUCUACACCGAAGCGAUCAAAUUUUUUAACCAUCCCGAAUCGAUGGUUCGCAUCGCCGUCAGAACCAUCUCACUCAAUGUGUACAGAGUCGAAAAUACCAACAUGCUGCAAUUUAUACGUGAUAAGACAGCCGCCCCAUAUUUUAGCAAUCUCGUUUGGUUUAUUGGAAAGCAUAUUUUGGAGUUGGACUCGUGUGUUCGCAAUGAUAUCGAUCACCAAUCCCAACACCGUCUGUCCAACCUAGUGGCCGAACAUUUGGACCAUUUGCACUACUUGAAUGAUAUUUUAUGCUUGAAUAUCCCAGACUUGAAUGCUGUUUUAACGGAGCAUUUGUUGCACAAGCUAUUUGUUCCGCUGUAUAUAUUUUCGUUGACACCGGCACCGCCGCCACUAUCGAUGGCUUUAAUUGCACAAAAUCUGGCGGCUGUUCUCAAUAAAACUGUCGAUAUUGAUAUUCAGGAGAUGAACAAUCCGCGUGUAUCAUGUGUUGUGGCAUUGUUUUUGCUGUCGUUAGUGUUUCUCGUGAUAACUCAUGGCCCAUUGGUGCAUGCACUGGCCUGGGUCAUUUUGAACGCUGACCACAAUGUGUUCAAAGAGGGUGCUGGUGAGGUGUUGAACUCAUAUAUCGAGAAAAGAAGCGCCGUCACAUUGGGAUUUGCCCAACCGGUAGAGAGUUUGGAGCAAGCUCUCGAUGGAUCGUUAACACCAUCACCAACUGAUGAAGCGUUUGACAACGGAGCGAUGAGUGAAGCGAGCACAUCAGGUGCUGCCAGCCGUCAGGCACAGAAAUUGUCUGUGGGUGAAGAGCCACACUCGUCAAAUCGAAGCCAAUCGUCCUCCAUUGCAAUCGAAUCGGCGAAUAUCACCGAUGAAGAAAAGGAAAAAUUGAAAAUCAGUUAUGGCGAGAGUUCCACUAGCACGCAACCAGAAGUCUCGAACCGUCCCUUUUUAGACACAGUAUUAUCAGCGCUAGACUGCAGCGAAAACGAUUAUCUCGCAUUGUUGGGCCUUUGCUUAAUUUACGCACUGGCCAACAACGAAGGAGUCAACUCAAAGUGGCUGGAUCAAGUGCUUGGAACACAAUCUAAUUCGAAUGGCAAAUAUAAAACCAUUCUCAUCGAUCGAUUACUCCAAAUCGUUCACAUCUCCGGCCAAUUGUCGAGUCGAAUCCGUUUAAUAACGAUGGAAUUGACCUUGAAGCUGUUUGGUCACUUUGUGAAGGAUGAAAAUGAGAUUUACACCCUUAGCGAGUCACAACACAACUCUAUUCAGUCGGCUCGACACUCAAGCAUGAUUGUACUGCAGAAUUUUUAUAAAUCUGAAGAUAUUUUCCUCGAUUUAUUUGAGGAUGAAUACAAUGAGAUGACCAAGUCCAAUUUGAAUGUGGAAUUUUUAUGCAUGGACUCGACCAUUUUGUUACCGCCAACCGGAACACCACUCACUGGCAUCGGUUUUACGAGGCGUCUUCCAUGUGGAGAAGUAGAGAAGGCAAGACGAGCCAUUCGAGUGUAUUUCCUACUUCGACGGCUAUGCCAAGAAAUGAACUACGAAGAAGAAACAGUGUUGCCGCUCACUAACUUCAGCGCAUGCAUCAAUGUGGAUAAUAUUCUGGAUUUGAAUAACAGCGAUUUGAUCGCAUGCACUGUUCUACUGAAGGACGGCACAAAAUAUCGUCGAUUUUUAGUGAUCGAAGCAUUGCAAUUGGUUCUCGUGGAACCAGACUCAAAACGAUUGGGAUGGGGAAUUGCCAAAUUGGUUGGUUUCCUACAAGACGUCGAAGUGACUGGUGACAAAGACGACUCACGCUGUUUACACAUCACCAUCCAUCGUGGAGGUGCGACAACAAAUCGAACACCGAUCCUUUCGGCCAAAUUCAUAUUCGACGAUCAUAUUCGAUGUAUGGCUGCCAAGCAGCGAUUAACCAAAGGUCGAACAAAAGCACGACAAAAGAAAAUGAAUCAAAUCGCACAGCUGUUGGAAAUAAGUGAUCAACAGCUAAAAAGUACCAUUGCACCAACUUCACCAGCUUCGGUGCUACCCAGUUUACGUCCUGGUUCUGCAUCGAAAACGACACGUGAGCAUCGGCCGUUGUUUUCAACAGCAAAUCGAGUACCUGGCGUUGCGGCAGCGCUACGAAGGGAGAGUAUACCGUCAGGUAGUGUGAGCCGAGUUCAAAUCACUCACAAUCGGCAAAUCGAUCGGGAGCGUUCGCCAAACAGUGCAGCUGGUGGAGCUAAAUCGAGGGACGCAUCACGGAAUCGUGUGAAUGGCAACAAUGGCAAAGUUAGAUCGCGUGAGUCUAGCCCGAGAACGCCUCGUCCAAGAUCUGAAGAGAUUCCAAUGGAAGAUUUCCGUCAGUCUCGUAACUCGAGUCCAUCAUCGCGAUGUUCAUCGCGAGCAACCUCACGAUCACAUACUCCAUCGCGAUUGGGUGUCAAUGAAAAUACAUUGUCGGUACCACCACAAGAGCACCAAUCGCUUGCAAAUAGCCCGAAUUUGCUAGCUGUCGCCAGUGCUAGUUUGGCCGAAGAAACCGAAACCAAUGUCAAUUCCAUCGAAACAUCAUUCAUUGCACCAAAGAAAAAAGGUGCUAUUGAAACGGUAUGAAAGUAAAACAAAUACUUUUCCAUACACACACUGUGUGCGGAAGAGUAUGCUUCGAUCCUUGCUUUGGAUCCAUGUUAGUUAAAAUAUUUUUUGUAGAAAAAUUUCUCAUUAACUUAUUGAUACGACUAAAUUGAUAUCACCGAAGACUCUUUGCUUCAAGUAGAAAAUCAAUUUCUGGUGCAAGAAAUGUAUGAAAAUUGAAAGAAAAAACGAGUCAUUUGUUUGUUUGAUACAUAUUCACAGAGUGUCUAGCAUAUAGAACAUUUUUUAAGCAUUAAGACGAAAACAGGAACUUUUAUGACUAUAAAUUGGUAAAUAAAGUGAAUUAAAAAUUGA